AUGCACCACCUGCGCGGCAAGUGGCCCGAGGCGCCGCAGUUUGAGGACCGCAUCUGCAUGUGCCGCAUCCAGCGGCGCGACCAGCCACGCGGCGGCGGGGGCGGCGGCGGCGGCGGCGGCAAGCGGGAUCGCGGCGGCGGCGGCUCGGGCGGCACGCAUCGGAAUGACUAUUACUAUCGAGUCGGGUCUCAAAUCUAUAGGUCGAUCAAGGAGCUGCGCACCCAGCUGGAGGGCCCCGGCGUGCUGUCCUUUGACGACAUCCCCUUUGACUGGGGCUUCGACUGGGCCACCCUGCCCUACAUCGACUCCGAGUUCCUCGACCUGUCAAGGUUUGAGCUGUCCGAGGCGUGCAUGGCCGAGGACGACGCGGCGGGCGCGCUGGUCGCGAUCAGCGGCGACCCCGCCGGCCGCGGCGGCGGCGGUGUGGGCGGCGGCGCGGAGCAGCCAGAGGUGCGGCCGUGGAGCUUCACGGGCUAUGAUGAUGAGGAGGAGGACGAGGAGGAAGAGGAGGAGGAGAGGGCGUAUGCGGCGGCAGGGACUGCUGGCGAGCGGGCCGUGUUUGCCGAGAUGUGCGCCGUCGCGGACGCCGCCGCCGCGGGCGCCGCCGCCGCCGCUGCCCGCUGUGGGGUCGGGGCUGGCGCCACGCCAAGGGGCGAGGCGUCGUCGGCAGUGUCGGACGGCACGGGCGCGACGGCUGGCGGCGGCGGCGCGGGCGACGGCGCGAGUAAACUGAAGGCGACGCAGGAGGGGGCCCCUACAGGCAGGGGACCUAGCAGCGGCGACAGUCGCGCUGCAGCUCUUGAAGCACAGGUGCCGUGUUGCCCCGGCGCAGAGGGACAGCAGCCAUGUCAGCAGCAGGAGCAGCGGCAGCAACAGGGGCACCAGCAGCAACAGAAGCAGCAGCAGCAGCAGCAGCACCAGGGCCAUGCAGAGCAGCAGCAAGUUCAGGGUGGUGAGGAGCAGCCGGACGCACCAGCCAUGCAGGUGCCCGAGGGGCCUGCCUGCUCUCCUGGUGCGCCUGAGGGGCCCCUCUCCGCGCCCUGCGGUGAUGAUCAGCGCGCUCACCCCUCCAUGCUGGUCGCAAAGCGCACCUGCUGCGGCCCAGCCAAGCGGUCGCGCGGCCCCGUGGACUGCAGCGGGGCGCCGGCGCCAAAGGCCGCGCGUGGGCUGCUGGAUAUCAGCCGAGCAGAGGAUAUGGCGGCAUCAGCAGGGGCGGCGACGGCGAUGACAGUCACGGAUGCAGGGGCAACACAGACCACAGGGUGUCCUGAGCACCAACAGCAGCAGCAACAGCAGCAGCAGCAGCAGCAGCAGCAGCAGCAGCAGCAGCAGCGGCAGCACGAAGAGGAGCAGUGGCAGAAGAAGCAGCAGCAGCAGCAAGUCACUGGCUCGGUCAACCGCCAGCCUCUGUUCGCUCAGGCCCACGAGCAGGCCAAGCAGCAGCAGCAGCAGCAGCAGCAGCAGCAGCAGCAGCAGCAGCAAGAGCAAGAGCAAGAAGAGGACGACGAGGAGGAGGAGGAUGAGGAGGAGGAGGAGGAGGGGGAGCAGCAACAGCACACAAUCGGCAUGUCAGAGCGUAGCAGCGGCGGGCUGGCAAGCCAGGAGGGCGGCGUGGUAGAUGAGGUGCAGAUGGCAGACGCUUGGGAGCAGCCUAUGGUGGCUUGCGCGUGA